UGAGUACCUCACGGUUAACACGACUUCGCCGGACCUGACGCCAUGUUUCGAGGCGACCGUGCUGGUGUGGGCGCCAUGUGCGUUCCUCUGGCUGUGCUCCGUGCCACACCUACUCAUGCUGAGGUACAGCAAGAAGCCAACCCUGAAGCACAGCUGGCUGAGUAUCAGCAAGAUGGUCGUCGCUCUGCUGCUGUUCGUUACGAUGUUCGUGGAGUUCGGAUACAGCCUCUACCAGUGGGUGCACGACCAAGAGAACAGCUCUCACGUGUUCGUCGUGACUCCCUGCAUCCUCGCCGCGUCCGUGUUCUACACGCUGGUCAUCGUGCAAGUGGAGCGCGCGAAGGGGAUCCGUUCGACGGGCCUCCUCUUCACCUUCUGGAUGCUGCUGCUGCUGUGCGCCGUCGUCACGAUGCAGACGAAGAUACGACUCGCCGUGGAUCAGGGCAGCAUCGACGACAUUUUUAGGUUUGCGACGUUCAGCGUGUGGACGGCGCUCGUCCUCGUCGCGUUCCUCCUCUCCUGCUUCAGCGACCCCGCAGAGAGCUCCUUCACCUCCUUCGAGGGAGAGGCUACCAUCAGAGCUGAGAUUGAGAUGGGGCUGACUCCGAGCAAGCAAGUUCAGCCGAGCCUCGUCGUCGCCAUGGCAAAGACCUUUGGCGUGACCUUCGCCGCGGGAUCGUUCUUCAAGCUUCUCAACGACCUCCUGACCUUCGUCAGUCCUCAGAUUCUCAAGCGUCUGAUCGGGUUCACGAGCGAUCCCGCGGAGCCGACGUGGCGCGGAUACAUGUACGCGGGGAUCAUGUUUGCAGCCGCGCUCCUGCAGACGGUCAUCCUGCACCAGUACUUCCACCGCUGCUUCCUCGUCGGCAUGCGCAUACGCUCCGCCGUCAUCGCCAUCGUCUACAAGAAGGCGCUGCUGAUGUCCAACGCGGCGCGGCGGACGUCGACCGUCGGCGAGAUUGUCAACCUGAUGUCCGUGGAUGCGCAGCGUCUGAUGGACCUUACCACCUACCUCAACAUGAUGUGGUCGGCACCGCUGCAGAUCGCUCUGUCUCUGUACUUUCUGUGGGCGGAGCUGGGCCCGUCUGUGCUGGCAGGUCUAGCUGUGAUGAUUCUCAUGAUCCCAGUCAACGCCUACAUCGCCGCGCGCACGCGCACCUUGCAGGUGAAGCAGAUGAGAGAGAAGGACUCGCGUAUCAAGCUGAUGAACGAGGUGCUGAACGGGAUGCGGGUGCUGAAGCUGUACGCGUGGGAGCCGCCCUUCCAGGAGAAGCUGCUAGAGAUACGGGAGCGCGAGCUCGUCGUCCUACGCAGCACCAACUACCUGAACGCCGUCUCAUCGUUCACGUGGGCCUGCGCGCCUUUCCUCGUGGCGCUGUUCUCGUUCAUGGCGUACGUGCUGUCGGACCCGACGCACGUGCUGACGGCGGACAAGGCCUUCGUCUCGCUGUCGCUCUUCAACAUCCUCAAGUUUCCGCUGUCCAUGCUGCCGAUGGUGAUCUCGUACACGGUGCAGGCACAUGUGUCGAUGCAAAGGUUGCGGCGCUACCUCGUCACGGAGGAUCUCGACCCCGAUGCUGUGACCUACGACGCCGGCGCGGCAAUACCGAUCAGCGUCGACAACGGAACGUUCUCGUGGGACGCGAGCGGCGAACCUACCCUCGCCAACAUCAACCUGCGCGUGCCGCAGGGCUCCGUCGUCGCCAUCGUCGGCCAGGUCGGCGCCGGCAAGUCGUCGCUCGUUAGCGCCCUCUUGGGUGAGAUGGAGAAGCGCAUCGGGAAGGUGGUCGUGAGCGGCAGCGUCGCGUACGUGCCGCAGCAGGCGUGGAUACAGGUGAGUGGGUGGCUGGCGAUUCGACUGGAGCUGGUCGGUAACUUCCUCGUUCUUUUCGCCGCGUUGUUCGCCGUCAUCUACCGAGAAAACGCGUCGAUAUCGGCCGGCCUCGUCGGUCUCUCCAUCUCCUACGCGCUCUCCAUCACGCAGACGCUGAACUGGACGGUGCGGCAGACGAGCGAGUUGGAGACGAACGUCGUCGCCGUGGAGCGAAUCAAGGAGUACUCUGAGACGCCGUGCGAGGCAGCGUGGGAGUCGGGGGACGAGCCCGGCCUGACCACACCGCCGUCGCAGUGGCCCGCGGAGGGAGCGGUGGUGUUCCAGGACUACGGCAUGCGCUACCGCGAGGGUCUGCCCCUCGUACUCAACGGACUCAACUGCAGCAUCGCCGGCGAGGAGAAGGGUAUCAACCUGAGCGGUGGACAGAAGCAGCGAGUGAGUCUGGCACGAGCCGUCUACAACGACGCGGACAUCUACCUAUUCGACGAUCCCCUCAGCGCGGUCGACGCCCACGUCGGAAAGCACAUGUUCGAUCAAGUGAUCGGGCCGCAGGGUAUCCUCGCAAAGAAGACGCGCAUCCUGGUCACGCACGGCAUCAGCUACCUGCCUCAGGUCGACCAGAUCGUCGUCAUGAAUGGCGGACGCAUGUCUGAGAUCGGCUCGUACCGCGAGCUGCUGAGCAACAACGGAGCAUUCGCUGAGUUCCUGCGUAACUACCUCACCGACCCGCAGAACGAGGACAACAUCAGCGAGUCCGAAGACGCGGCGAUCGUAGACGACAUUCUAGCGGAGGUGGCUCCCGGGUUCGACCGCUCGCUCUCGCGCAUGUCGUCGGACGGCGGCGGUCAUACAAGUCCGAGCGAGUGCGAGCGCAUACUGCGCCGCUUCAAGUCGCGCUCGGACACGGUGGAGGCGCGUCCGCUCGACCGCGCGCAGUCACACACCGACCGCGACCGUCUCAUCCAGGAGGAAUCCAUGCAGACAGGAAAGGUGGACUGGCUCGUGUACACAGCAUAUCUGCGCGCUCUUACCAUCUUCUUCCGGUUCUAUGUGGCCACAUCAAGGCAGCUGAAGCGGCUGGAGUCAGUAAGUCGGUCGCCCAUCUACACACACUUCACGGAGACGCUUCAGGGAGCGAGCACGAUUAGGGCGUACCGCGUGCAACAGCGAUUCAUCGGCGAGAACGAAUCACGCAUCGACGAGAACGCCAUCUGCUACUUCCCCAGCAUCGUCUCCAACAGAAGCUGGAACCUGCUACCGGAGUCACUACUCACUAGUCCAACAUCACAGCAAUUCACUGGGUCCCUCUGGCAAAACAUUGAGUCAGGCAGCUUCGUUGUUAUGCCACCUCGAGGAAGUGAAACGCAUCUCCGGCUGGGCAACUACAACAGCUCGCAACAGCCUAUUGCCAUCGGCAUCGUGGGACGCACCGGUGCCGGCAAAUCCUCCAUCACUCUGUCGCUGUUUCGCAUCAUCGAGCCAGCAGAUGGAGCCAUCCUGAUUGAUGGGCGCAACAUCGCACAGAUGGGGCUACACGAACUGCGCUCCAAGUUGACCAUCAUCCCGCAGGACCCCGUCCUGUUCUCAGGCGACCUCCGCAUGAACCUCGACCCGUUCGGCUGGUACGCGGACGACGCCAUCUGGCGGGCGCUCGACCACGCGCAUCUGAAGACGUUCGUGAGGUCGUUGCCGGACGGACUCGGGCACGAGGUGAGCGAGGGCGGAGAGAACCUGAGCGUCGGGCAGCGCCAGCUGGUGUGCCUCGCGCGCGCGCUGCUGCGCAAGACGAAGGUGCUCAUCCUGGACGAAGCCACGGCCGCUGUCGACCUUGAGACGGACGACCUCAUCCAGGAGACGAUCCGGCGGGAGUUUGCCGACUGCACGGUCCUCACGAUCGCUCACAGACUCAACACGAUCAUGGACAGCUCCAGGUAG